AUGGUAAGUGCUUUACAGCAUGUUGUUGACAAGUAUGGCCUCUAUCUUCAGCAUCUCCAGACAAUGUCUGAGGAGAGAUCAUUCAAGGCAGCAGAUUGCAUGAAGUUUCAAGGCUGGUUAAGAAAGUGGCAGCAGGCAAUGAUUCUAAUUUUACCAUGCCUCUUCAUCCAGUUACUCAGCCCAGCCCAGCCCAGCCCAGCCAAAGCUUUGUCUCUCGCGUUCCAAGGUGAUGAAAUCGAUAUAGUUUCAUCAGUAGUACAUAUUCAAACUAGAAAUGAGCAAGUAGAACCUCUGCAACGGAGAGACCUCCAGGAUCUUCCAACCUAG